GCAGUUCAGCUGCACUUUUGACUCCUUUCACCUUCUGACAUUUAGGCACAGCAGGAAGGAAGUCAAGCGACUCACAGACCAGCAAGGACUACAUGUGUUUGUUGUACUUUGUUUUAAGUGUAGUGCUAGUCAGUUUUGUGAUCUCUGUAUUUAUCGCUGAAGACUGAUAUCCAAGCUGACAACUAUACUGAAAAUCCAAUAUAUACAGUAACACAGAAUAUCAUCAGUCCAUCUGUUGCUACUAUAAUAUACCCAGCAUACAUUACCACCACUGUCUGUUGCUACCACCCAGCAUACGUUACCACCCACUGUCUGUUGCUACCACCCAGCAUACGUUACCACCACUGUCUGUUGCUACCACCCAGCAUACGUUACCACCAGAGUCUGUUGCUACCACCCAGCAUACGUUACCACCGCUGUCUGUUGCUACCACCCAGCACAUGUUACCACCACUGUCUGUUGCUACCACCCAGCACAUGUUACCACCACUGUCUGUUGCUACCACCCAGCAUACGUUACCACCAGUGUCUGUUGCUACCACCCAGCAUACGUUACCACCGCUGUCUGUUGCUACCACCCAGCACAUGUUACCACCACUGUCUGUUGCUACCACCCAGCAUACCUUACCACCACUGUCUGUUGCUACCACCCAGCACAUGUUACCACCACUGUCCUUACCAUCCAGCAUUCACUGCACACAGCACAAAGACUCCAAACAUACAGCACUCAUUUCCAUUCUCAUCACCAAUAAUCCGCUUUCUCUGUUC